UUGAUUGAAUUAAAUCUUUUUUAAAAUGCACCUGUUUAAGGCAAUGUCCAAAGGUAGGGUCUUUCAGGUUAAUGUGUUGGUACGACAUUCACGGAAAGUUGGCUGCAUUGGUCGAAUUCCUUUGUUGUUAUUUCAGCAGGGAAAAGUUUGUUUGUUUAUUUGUGAUGAAAAGUUGAACACAAGCCAUUUUAAUGGUUCAAUCUCCAUAGUUUCAUGUGAACCCUUUGAAUUGUCGAGCACAUCAUGAAGUGAUAACCGAUCAGAAAAUGGCAGAAGAAGUGAAACCUGAAGUAAUCAAGAAAACCCAAGAUUCUUUGAAAAGACACAUCAAAAAGCCACCGUUAACUGAGAAGCUUUUAAAGAAGCCCCCAUUUCGGUUUUUGCAUGACAUUAUUACCAGUGUCAUACGAGAAACCGGCUUUCUCAACGGAUUGUUCAGUCAAGAAGAACUCAAUCAUGAGAACAUAAAAGACAGGGAUGGCAAAAUUGCAUUCCUGGACAAGCUCAUCAGUGCCGUCAAAAUAAUCACAGGCAUUCCUCUCUCCGUUCGAGCGACUAAGAUUGUUGCCGGCCACGAAGCAACUAAGACUAAUGAGCUCCUUCAAGCUAUUGGGCAUGCUUUAGAUAAGAAACUUGACUCAAAAGAUGUCGCCCAGCAGUUGAGAAAGAAGGGUAAUAAAAAAUCUGAUGCCUCUGAUAGCAAAAAAUCAAGCCCAAGAGAAGCAAAGCAAGGCAGCGAAGCCUCGAAAGAAAGGGCUGUGAAUCAACCCGAUGAGAGUUUGGAUAAGAAGAAGCACUCUAGCAACAAGCAAGUCAAAGAUGUACCUGCAUCUAGUCAAGAUGAGCCCACAGAAAAGAAGAAACGCUCAUCUUCAACAUCUAAGUCAAAACCAAAGGAUACAAGUAAAGCAGCCAGGCCAAAGAAGGAUGGUACUCGGCAAGAGACCAAGUCAGACCCACAGAAAGAAUCUGAAAACAACAACGAGCCCGAUGCCAGUCAGAUAGAUGUGCCAUCAGCUACCAAACAAGAAUCUGCCACUGCUCGCAAUGGUACAGCUGAACCUGAAAGGAAGAGGCCCAGCUCAGCAUCAAGGCGACCCUCCAUUUCCAGACAGCAGUCGGAAGGUCAUAGCCAGGAACACCAAAGAGAACAGCAACCUCAAUCUGCCGCUACCGCAGUGCCGCCUGUGCCUGUAAAAAAUGAUUCUCAAGAUUCUCUGCAUGAAAACGGUACUUCACUGACAUCACUUCCACCACUGACAUCCGAACCAGCAAAAGGCCAAGCCGCUCAACCACCUGCUCCAGCUGCUCGAGCUCCCUCUGCCGCACCUGCACCUGUCCAGGCUCCAGCCCCAGCGGCGCCAGCACCAGUCCCCCUAGCCAGGCCAAGAACAGCUGCUCGAGUUGGAAGUGCACGCCCAGGUGCACCAAGAGUACGCAAUAGAGGGGAAGCGGUAGUGGUUUCAGAGGACCUGAUUAAACCAGCUCCUGUCAACCUUAUUGUAGAAGAUGACAAUGCAAAACAACAAAAUGAUGAUGAAGAUGAGAAUCUUGUUGUGGUUGAAAAUGCAUCUCUGGAUGGACCUGAAAGUAUUCAGCCAUCAGCACCUGUUUUAUCCCGUCCAUCCAGUCAGCAGGGUCACUUGGUGGCUCAGAUACUUGAAACGCAAAAAGAAUUGGAAGUGGGGGCAACUAUUGCAGAAAAUGGUGACGUUCAGCAAUUCCACACAGAAAUUGAAUGGGAAGCUGGAAAAAGAAGAGAAAGAGAAACAGCAGUCAAAGAAGUCGAUCGCAUGCGCACUCUGAUUCAGACCUUAACAAGGGCUGCUCACCCGUUAGGAAAAUUACUUGAUUCUCUGCAGGAAGAUGUUGACAAUAUGCAAAGAGAGUUGACUCAAUGGCAGAACAUGCAAGUGAGUUUGGAACAGCAGUUGCAAGUGGAAGAAACUCUCAGUACUCAAGCUUCACAGCCUCUAAAGGAACAAUUAAAGCAAUUACAACAAGCUGUUCGCUCUCAGCUUGACCAAAUUGGCUCAGCAAAAUCAAAUAUUUUUAAUAAUGAUGAUCGAAUUAAGCGCCUACUUACAGGUGGUUUGACAUAAAAACUGUUCACAAUGACUCUCCACCGGUGUAAAUUGUUUGGAUUUUGAGCACUACUUUAUGUUUGGUUAGUUUGAACAGAGUCUUAUAUAAAUGUUAGUAACUUGGAAAGAUCAAUUUUAUUUAGCACACUCAUAUAAGAGUAUCAUGUAUUGUGUUUACAAAGUUAAAAUAAAUACAAAGACAAAGAUUUUCUUAUCGAA